GCUUAUACUGUAAUGUCUAUGACUAUCGUGCCAUGCUUUUCGCACUGAUUCUGAGGCAGAGCGGAGUAGAGGCGGCAUGCAUGUCGUAAAAAGAAGGUUCGAUACUGGGGCAAGUGGAUGAAGAGUCCUAGCAGCGGUUAACAAUGCGGUCUGUGUUGAUGGCCCUGGUGGUGGUGUGGUGGUGUCCACUACUGCUGCUACCCGUGCUGUUGGGCCAGCAGUCGCAGGAUAACUGGGACCGAAACAAACAACAAGGAGAUAUGGACAAGUAUGACAUCUUCUACCCUUCAGUCAGAUCAGGGUCAGUGCAGCAGCAACAACAACAGCAACAAUCGCGUCAUCACUCGCGUCGUGUACGUGCAGUGUCUGAGAUGGACGAGGCGGAUUCUUUUCUAGACGACAGUGGCGGACUAGUUUACCGCAUCAGUGCGCCAGUAUUUUUUGAGGAUAACUUGCAUCUUCAAUUGAUCCCAGCUACGGAUUUUAUAUCGCCCGGGUUUGUCAUUCAGCGUGUCAGUGGAAAUUACACGUGGUUGGAACAGAUUGGCCAAGACCCGAAACUGGAUUGUUUUUUCUCAGGAUAUGUUCUUGGACACGAGGAUUCUACAGUGUCUCUUGCGAUGUGCGAUGGCAUGAGAGGAAUCAUGUACGUGAGGGGGGAAAAAUAUUUCAUCGAGCCAUUAAAAAACUCAUCGGUAUCUUCACCACUUCAUCAAAGACCACAUAUCAUCUACCAACCAUCUUCAAAAAACAAUACAGCAUCACGCUGUACUUCUACUGAAAAUUACAAGCACCAUCGAUUGAAGCAUAAUAUGAACGGUAGCGCUAAGAAUGCUACCAAUUUUACGGACUUUGUACAAAAUUCCAAUUAUCAUCAUAGUCGCCACAAAAGAUCUCCCGGAGUGUCCCGGGAGCACACAGUAGAGACACUCGUGGUUGCAGACAGUGCAAUGUUCCAGUACCAUGGAUCUGAUCUGCAGCAGUAUGUUUUAACACUUAUGUCAAUAGUCGGAAGUAUAUACAGACACCCGUCUAUAAAUAAUUAUAUCAAUGUUGUUGUUGUCAAAUUCAUCAUGUUUCAAACAAAGCAGGACAUGCCUUUUAAUGUAUCAUAUGAUGCUACUGGAAGUCUACGGGAGUUCUGCCUAUGGCAGCAUAGUAUUCUUGAUCAUAACAAUGAUGAGCACCAUGAUACCGCCAUUUUGAUCACCAGAGAAAAUAUAUGCAGAGAACUUGGAAAAUGUGAUACUCUUGGCCUAGCAGAGCUGGGCACUAUCUGUGAUCCCCUUCGGAGCUGUUCCAUCAUCGAAGACAACGGACUCAGCUCCGCCUUCACUAUUGCUCACGAGUUAGGACAUGUCUUCAACUUGCCUCACGACGACGAUGCCCAAUGUAAAGACCUCAACAGUAUGUCCGGGCGUGGCGGACGACGAUACCACGUGAUGGCGCCUAUGCUGGACGCAAACUCCAGUCCAUGGGACUGGUCUCCGUGCAGCGCCCACCUGAUGACAGAAUUCAUUGAUGCAGGUCUAGCGGAAUGCUUGCGAGAUGCAGUCAAAGUGAACACACUGAGCAGCAUGGUCAAGUCGUAUACCAGGCCAGGCUGGCUGUACAACGCUGACCGCCAGUGCCAUUAUAUCUUUGGCGAGGGCUAUGGGCUGUGCCCAUACAUGAACUACCCAGCUUGCGGGCGACUGUGGUGCACCAACAAGACCGACUCCCCAGGAUCAGGGUGCCGGACACAACACAUGCCCUGGGCAGAUGGCACGCAAUGUGGAAAUCAGAAGAUGUGCCAGAAAGGUCAGUGUCUGAUGCCUACCCACGAUGUCAAACCUGUUCACGGUGGCUGGAAUUCGUGGAGCAAAUAUGGUCCCUGCUCUCGAACCUGUGGAGGUGGCGUCAAAAAGCAAGAAAGGCUUUGCAACAACCCAACGCCAAAAGAUGGUGGUCAGUUUUGCCUGGGGCAGAGAACACGUUACAAAUCAUGUAACACAGAGCCCUGCCCUGCUGGCAGCGAGGAUUUCCGCGUGGAGCAGUGUGCGCGGUACAACGGCAAGGUGCUCAUCGCUAACUUGCCACCCAACGCCAAAUGGGUGCCAAAGUACACCGGAAUCCUCAUGAAGGACUCGUGCAAGCUGUACUGCCGGGUGUCCCACAGUAGUGCCUACUACCAGCUGGAUAAGAAGGUCGAAGACGGAACCAAGUGCGGCCCUUUUACAGACGACAUCUGCGUCAACGGACAAUGCUGGCGAGCAGGUUGUGACAACAAGCUGGGCUCCACGAUGAAAAGAGACAGGUGUGGCGUAUGUGGGGGCGACAACUACACGUGCAGGACUGUCACCGGAUUCUUCAACAACGCCAAUUACGGAUACAACCACAUAAUAACCAUACCUUCGGGUGCCACAGAGAUAGACAUCCGCCAGCAUGGACACAACUAUUUAGCGGAUGACGACAACUACCUCGCUCUACAGAACACCGACAAGGAGUUCAUUCUGAACGGAGAAUUCAUGGUGCGCACAGAGAAGUGGGUCAUCAACGUCAAGGGGGGACUACUCGACUACAGCGGGUCGGAGGAAAAUGUCGAGCGCAUUAACUCCACGCGCAUGAUCGGAGAACCAAUCGACGUCUAUGUGCUGUCUGUCGGCAAACUGCACCCGCCCAACAUCACCUAUGCCUACACCGUGUCCACGGGCGACACAGUACGUUUCGUAUGGAGCAACAUGGGAUUGUGGCGAAAGUGCAGCCACGUCUGUAGAGGUAAAAGAAGGCGGAAAAUCGUUUGUGUGCGAGAAGAUGACAAUCUGAUAGUCUCUAAGAAACGAUGCAAAGGCAAGGGUCUAAAGAAACCAAACCGAGUGGAGGAACCCUGCAACACAGAGUGCAAACUGGAGUGGCGGGUACUCAACAAGGGUGAGUGUUCUGUGCGUUGCGGGAUGGGGAUGAGGCGUCAGCAGGCUCACUGUGUCAAGCAAACAGGGUUCUCGCAGGUCGAAAUAGUGCGUGACCGAGAAUGUCGCCGUGUGCUGGGCGCCAAGCCAGACAACUUCGUGCCCUGUACUGGCAAGUGCCUGCCCACCUUCUGGUCCUACACCGACUGGUCUCAAUGUUCUGUCAGUUGUGGGAGUGGCACUAAAGGGAGGCAAGCGAGGUGUGUAGACGAAGAUGGACAAGAGCUUCCUGAUUCAGAUUGCGAGACCAAGGACAAAGUCACGAGUGCUGCAUGCAACACACAGCUUUGUCCCGAAUGGCAGACUGGCGACUGGCUACCGUGCUCCGCGACCUGCGGCGGAGGGCGAAAGUUGCGCAAGAUCUACUGUAUGCAGGGAGAAGAGAAGGUGAACGAGACCCUGUGUGACAGCAAACUCCGCCCAGCCAUCAGAAAGGAAUGUCAUUUGAAGGAAUGUCCAGAGUGGUACCCUGGAGGAUGGGGACCGUGUUCGGUGACAUGUGACAAAGGUGUAAGCAUGCGCGCAGUAAAGUGUCGCCUGGCUUCCUCACUUCUUGAAGACACCCAAUGUGACGCCACCAAACGUCCCGAAGACACCCAGCCCUGCUUCAUGGGGGCCUGUCCCACCACGCCGCCGCUGACGACGACCACCACUGCCAAAACUGCCCCUCAAGCGGCUUUCUGGCGUUUUGGCUCGUGGACAGAGUGUUCGGCUACCUGCGGUACAGGGACGAAGCAUCGGUUUGUCAGUUGCAUGGACUACCAAAGCCAGGUCAUCAACACCUCCUUCUGCAACCAUCUGCCCCGCCCUGCCAGCGUGGACUCUUGCGUCAUCAAGCCUUGUGGCGACUGGCACUCUGGGGCCUGGAGCGACUGCACCGUGACUUGUGGAGAAGGCAUCCAGACCCGUUAUGUCAAGUGCAUCUUCAACGAGCAGAUCACCGACGAAAGUUUUUGCGACAUCGUCGAGAAGCCUGUCAGUGAACACAGGUGCAACCGCGGCACUUGCAUCUCGCCCGACGAAGACGACUUCAACGUGGGCGUCAUCACCAGCAACCGUGUGGAAGGUAGCAGUCGCUGGCUCACCUGGCAGUGGAGCGCAUGCUCAGUCACGUGUGGCAUGGGGUGGCAGCGACGUCACGUGAUGUGUCACGACGAGAAGGGCGUUGCCGACACGUGCGACAAGUCGCUGAAGCCUGACGAGUACCAGGCUUGCCAGAGUAGACCCUGUCCCAACUGGAACGCCGAGGAUUGGCAGGAGGUGGUGUCCUGCCAAGACCUGCAACGAAAAGGUGUGCAGACUCGUGCGGUCUCGUGUCGUCUAGAAGGCAAGGUCGUGCCCAACGGCGACUGUGACGUGCGACAGCGUCCCCCGGACAGCCGUGCCUGUGAAGGAGCCUGCGCCUCGCCCUCCAACCGCUGGCGAACGGGAUCCUGGUCCUCGGUAAGGCACCAGGACGUGCACCUGUCCGGCCCCACCACACACUUCCCGACCUCCCUGCACCCGGUCAGACACCCGAGCCCCUCGGCGACCGACUCCUCCAAACACUCCCCGACCUCUCGACCCCUCGACCACCUUCUCGCGCAGCAGGGCAACCACCACCCCGCCACGGGGGGCAUCCGUGCGCGCGGUCUGCCCUACCCCAGGCACGAGCAGCGGUACUGGUCGCCUGACACUCAGACGUACCAGACGCGGGUCAGGGGAGGAGAGCGUCGCUGGCGGGAGUUUGAGUGGUACGAGCGGUACCUGAACAACCAAGGCCGCCAGCAGCAAGGUGACAACCAAAGUGCGGACAGGCAAGGCCGCAGAGACCCCACCCCCUUCCCUGCACAGACUUAUGACAGAUGUUCCGUCACUUGUGGACGCGGCCUGAUGCAAAGGGACGUCACCUGUGAAGACGAGGACGGCAACUCUCUCUCAUAUCGCUUGUGUCGCCGCGUGAAACCCCGCAACACCAAACGCUGCUCUGCCGGGCCUUGCCCCAGAUGGCACAAGGGCAAGUGGAGUAAGUGCUCAGCGACCUGCGGCAAGGGAGUCAAGAUGCGCGAGGUUGCCUGCAAGAAUAGUCAAGACGAAGCUGUCUCCCCUUUCAUGUGUCCGCGAGACCAACAACCCAAGAAUGUUCGACCUUGUCAACUUGAGGAUUGCUCGCAGUUUGUCUGGAGUGUGGGAGCCUGGUCAGAGUGCUCAAAAACAUGUGGAUUUGGACAGAAACAUCGUCCAGUAAUUUGCAAAAAUCGUCAAGGCAAUGAAAUUUCUUCACAUCUGUGUGAUGCCAAAACUAAGCCCAAGAUAAAGCGCCGCUGUGCUGAGUUCCCAUGCCCAUUCAUCUGGAAUACUGGACCUUGGAGCCCGUGUUCUUCAACAUGUGGAGAGGGGCAACAGAUGCGCACAGUAGUGUGCCAGGGUGUCACCAAAGAAGGAUGGCUGCUCCCUGGUGAGGUGCGUGAUGGCUGCCUACAGAGUGAAAAGCCCAGCUAUGCUCGUUACUGCAAUUAUGGCGACUGUCGUGCCAAGAAUCACUGGACCAUUGGACCUUGGGCACAGUGCUCAGCCAAAUGUGGAUUUGGACAGGAACAGCGCCAGGUGGUCUGUGUAGAUAGAGAAAAAAAGCAGGUUUCCAGCAGUCUAUGUCUAAGGCUGUACCGUCCUCCCAGACACAGGUUGUGCUACAAUGGACCUUGUUAUGCUAGAUCAUGUAAAGAGCUGAAGGAAAUGACCACAAUCAGAAAGGAUGGUGACUAUCAGCUGCAAGUGGGAACUCGUCUUGUAUCGAUAUACUGUAAAGAUAUGCGAAAAUCUAACCCUGUAGAAUAUUUGUCUUUGCCUGCUGGAGAGGAAGCCAACUUUGCAGAAGUUUAUGGUGAAAGACUUCGUCGACCAGCUGCCUGUCCAUACAAUCGUUUACGCCCAGCUGUAUGUGACCUGUGUCGUAACAAGCAAUACAAGCAGGCUGGAAAUACAACAUACUCCAAAAUCCGAAUAGAUCUCAACACUAUGCGAGUAUUAGAAAUGUUGAAAACUUUGUCAAUGGGUAGCGUCUACACACUUCUACUUAAUAAUGAUGGAGAAUUCAGUCAUGUACACACAGGAAAGUUCAUACCAUUUGGCACAGCUGGUGACUGUUACAGCUCUAGUUCUUGUCCUCAGGGUCAGUUCAGCAUUAGCCUUGUAGGCACAGACUUCAUUGUGUCUGUGAACACUACUUGGGCGCUUGAAGGCAAUGAGGCCACACAGCAGAUAUGGCGACUCAGGGAUGGACAGAUAAUCCGAGGACUUUGUGGUGGCUACUGUGGAGUGUGCUCCCCUGAUCAUUUGACUGGACUUCAGCUUGAGUUAAUAAAAUGAAAAACAUAAAAAUACACAAAAAGUGUGUGUGUGUGGCGGGGUAUGGAUAAACAAGGCCAGGUGAAAACCAAUCAGAUUUCCUUAAAGUCAACAUCUGUACACAAACUCCAAAUCUGGUGAUGUACCUUUCAGUAUAAAUGGAGGAAGACUUUCCUGCAAAAACAAAAAAACACAGGAAAAAAAAACAUUCUGUGGAGAUUGUCAUGGUGUGCACCUAGACAAAACAGGAGCUCACAGUUCUUGGUGGUAUUUUCUAUGCUUGCCAAUAAUGUGUUCAUAAUGCCAGAAAACUGGCAUUAACUAUAUUACAGCAAUGCGCCAUCCGCCACUUGGGCCAAUAAGAGAGAAAGUCCUUUUUUCAGUAUUGUGGACAUUCUGUGCUUGUCUAAAUAUGUGAUUUUCAGACAAGGCUACCCUAGAAUAUAAAUGUUAUUCAUUUUUAGAGGUAGGUGAUGUCGCCUUCUUCAGUUGCAAUGAGGUACAGGAACAGUCAUUUUCUAAGGUUUAGUGCCAAGCCAUCCUGUACAUCCUGCUGUUAAAAAAAAAUUACCUGAUGCGGGUUUCUUAUUUAUUUGAGAUCACUUCAUCCUCCUGCAUAAGAUAGUUGUGUUAACUGUGAACAUGUGAUAGUUGUUAAACUUUGGUUAGACUUUGCAGUAGAUACUUGAUUAACAUUUGCUUAGAUAUGUGCAUAGCAUUGAUUCUAGCCAUCUGAUACUGACUUUAUGUACCAUAUUUGUUGAAAUAAUAUUAACAAUAAAAGAAUGUUACUUACAUUGAAAACCAGGGAUUUAUCUCCCAGUGCCUCUUGUGAAUAUGCCUUCUGUUCUGUGAGGCUACUCAGACAGGUCAUCAAACAUCUGUCAAAAUACUGCUGAUCACAGUGUAAAUUAAAAUAAUAAGCAUUAUUUUAUUAUUGUAUAUAUAUUUUUUUAUUUUUUUAGAAAUGUUUUCGUUCUUAACUUUGUUCAUAACUCUGUUUAAUUUAAUUUGCAAUGUGUUUCGGUGGGAAUGUAUACAUUUUUUUAACAUUUUUACAUUUUUCGCUAGGUUGAAUGCACUGCAAUAGAAUGGAGAUGGGAAAAUUUAUAUUUGAGAAAUCCUGCAGCUUUAGGGUCCUAAUGUCAUCUAACACCAAAUCUGUAAAGGAAUUGAAAACUACAAGCUAUCAUAUUCUAUCUCAAUAUGUGGCACCAAUAUAGACCUGCCAUGAUGAAGCUGUAGAUGAAAGUUCAGUAAAAUACCAACAAUCUUAUUUUCUUGAUAUUUCUGACACAUCAUAUAAUAUAGAACAUUUUCUACAUUUGUUGCUAGGAAGAAGCAAUAAAUGUUAAGCAAACAGUUGCUGCAAGCAUAAAUUUCACUAUUUCACAUAAUUUCUAUUGUGAAAAUAUAAUGUCCAAGACAGUAUUGUUCUUUUUUUUUUCUUGUACUGCAAAAGAAACUUUCUAGGAAGAUGAUGAACCUGCAAAGCAAGCAUGCUUUUUCUCAACCAAGGAACUAAAACAUGAAAAAGACAAUUUAUUUAUAGGAAUGUAAAGUGCUACACAGACAUCAGCCUAUAUCACCAAAGUCACAACCCUUCUUUUGUGGGUUUGCCGGUAUGUAAUGUACCCUUUUAGAAUUUUGACAUCAGGAAUCAAGUCUCAGGCAAAAGGCAGCAAUCAAACCAUUUUUGAGCAAAAUAAAAGACCCAUGUGGAUAUAACAAUGACGCUCAGGACAUCAAGGGAGAUAAAUUGUCUCCAAUAAUAUGAACACCUGUCAUCCUUAGAAGUUGUUGAGCUUCACUAUAAGGCAGCAUUACAGCCAUAUAUAAGAUCAGUAUGCAGCAAGCUUGGUGGUGGCCUUAAGUCUCUUACUACAAAUAUUUUUAUAACUAUUUUGUAAUUCUUGAAUACUUGUUCCCCUGCCUACAUUGGGACAGGGAAGAGAUGUUUCCACAAGGCCACACUUUGCUAUUGCACAUAAGCUAAAUAUAGAUCUCUGCCUACUUAUCAGUGUUACAGCUGAUAUACCUUGUGAGUACUGAUGUAGAAGUGGAAAACUUUUUUACUUCUUUGCUUACUUUUUCACAUUUGUGUGGUGAGCAAACUUUUUUUUUUACUUACACUUUUCACUUAGCAACCUACUUGGUUUGCUAUCACACAUAGUUGCCACCAGCUCUCUGACUAGUUGAUAUUGAUAUGAGAAAUUUGGUUUUGAAAAACAGCAGCGUGGCAACUCUGUUUUGUUUAUUACAGUGCAAUAUACAACACACUGCUGUAUAAACAUUUAUUUAACAAUGUUAAUUUAACCAAGUUAAAAGGAUAUUUUAAGACAAUAUCUAAAAAUGGUUGACACAAACCAUCCAACCGUAUACACUCUCCCUGAAAUAUUGGUAAGGUGAUUCCUCAAAUAUUGACAUUGAUUUAUCCACCUAGCUGUAGGAAUGGAACAUGGUCAUUAAGUGAGGGGUGUCUGUAUUUGUUUUGCCACCAUAACUGGUUGAGGUAGUAUUUUGUUGCUGCAUAAUCUAGUCUCUUAACACACUCCACAUAUCAAAACUUUUCACAUUUUAAAAAACUCACCCUUUUUAAAUUCCUAGUCAAAACCUGCUCAGUUUUCAUGUUAUCAAUUUUUAUUAACUUUUUGAAAACAUUCACUGCUUUUGUGUUACUUCAGUAUGUUAUGGUAGUUUUGGAGAAUAUUAGCUGAUAGUUUUUAGGAGUGCUGCCACAAAUACAACUUUAGCUGAGGAAGAUGUAAUGUGUAAUUUUAGACCAGGCCUGUUCCAUUCUCCAUAGCAUUAAAUAUUUUUUUAUUAUGAAAAACCUCUUUUUUCAUAAAUUACUUUAACAUUUUGACAAUGAUUCCUAGUUCAGUUAUUUAAAGUAUGAAGAACAAGUUCUCAUGUGUUAAAGUGUCAAUGGUUCAUCAAUAUAAAUCUGCCGUAUACAAGUCACCCAUGACAGUUACCAUGACAGCAGCAUGGUAGACAGUCUGGAGAGUGACCUGGGAAGAAAGACUAAAAUGAAAUGGGGGAUUUGGUGCAAGAGGUUUAAUGAAUGCAAGUACUGACAUUUGAUGCCACAGCAUUGACUUAAUGUUAAAUCAGCAGAAUAUUUGGAUUAACUAUCACAAGCAUCUACUCACAGUAGGCAGCUUUUAUCUUGUAAUGCUUACACUUUGUUCUCACAUAACAGUUAUUAUUGUUGUUAAUUUAUCAUCAUCAUCUGUCAUUAAGUGUUUCUUCCUUGCAUCCAGCCAUUGAUUUAUUUUUAUUUAUUUUUUUUUUUUUUUUUUUUUUUUUGGUACUAGAAGUGUAAAUUUUUUAUAGCUGCUUCAUUCUUUUUUAAACUAUGGCGUUUGACUAGUGGAAAUCUCAGAGGUCUUUUGUGAUAUUGAUGAUGAGGUCUUCAACUGUUUGCUCUCAUAAAUUUUGUAUUGUCUCCUCUUGUUAAUCUUGUCUCCUCUUGUGCUGCUGCUUGUCAAAAGAUCUCUUAGACAAGCUAUUUGUCAUCCACAACCUGUGUCAAGCCUUGAUGUGUUUUCAUGAACUGUAAAUGCUUUGUGAAAAAGAAAGUUUGUCAGAUGUUUUCUAAAGCAGCCAUAAAUUCAGUUACUUGCAUCAAUUUCAGAAUGCUCAGUCUCAAUUAACCAAUAUUUACCAAUUUAGUUUGCUGCUCACUUUCAAUACUCAUUAAAUAUGUAUGUCAUUGUUUUCAUAAAGAGUUGCAUGUUUUCGCUACAUAGACCUCAUGUGGCCACAGUGAACACAUCUACUUCUGAACUACAAACUCUUGUAUUUCCGUAUAACGUAUAUUUGAGAUAAGGAAAGAUAACUGCUUGAGUAAAAUUAUUUUGAAAGUGGAUGAAAAUGCUCUCAGUUAAAAUAUGCCUAAUUGAAGUACAGCUUUGUCAGGCUUUGUUAAUUCCUCUGUGACAACAAUAAAGGUUUCAGACAAAAGAUGCCAUGAAUCAGCUAUAGCACAACUAAUUAUGGAUUUAUAAAAAGAAUGAUGGUGUCUAGUAAUGACAGAUUUAUAGGAGGGGAUGACAUAAAAAGUAAGCAGUUUGUUUUGUGAUCAUAGAACCUUGUAAGUUUAUGAGACUAAGUACUCUGGUAAUAAGAAUAGGUUUAUUUUUAUGAUGAAAAGGCCAUUCAGAAAAACAGCCUUGUCUUAGAUAAAGGACAGAUGAUGAAACUGACAAGAUUUGUCAGAGCAAGAAAAAGUGUUCUUCAUAUAUAUAUAUAGAUAUAAAGCUAUAAUGAGAGUGCUGGGAUAAAAUGUGGGACUGUAUCAUGGUACAAUUAAUAUGCUGCAUGUAAAUGUUUGCAGGUGCAGCAUGGAUGAAGUUCAUACUUAUAAAGUGUUUAUAAAUGUUGCAUUUAUAAGGGUAGUGCGUGCCUGGCAGUAUUGCAUAUAUUAAGAAAGAGGACAUUUUUAGACAUAUGAUUGUUGAUGCAUGUAUUAUGCUUUUCUGUUUACAAAAUAUUAUUGUGGAUGUCUGCUGAGAAAAGUGACUUAACAGUAAAGAUUUGUUAACUGUCAGAUUUUUUUUUCCUUCUGCCUUUAUUUCAUUCCACUGUCCACUUUAUUUCUUUUUUCUUAUCUCCAUCUCAUCCUUCUCCCCUGCUCCAUAGCUGCUCUCUCAUCUUUACUAUUUUUCUCUUUUUAUUUGUCUUUGUUCUUCCCCCGUUUUAUUUUUCUCAUCCAUGUACCAAAGACAAGCAUUUUAUGUGACAGUUGUUAUACUUAAGGACUGUUCUUGUCUCCAUGGAUGAUCCUGAUCUUGGGACGUAGUAAAGAAAGUAAGGGGGAUGUGAACUUCCCUACUUCCAGAUACAGAAUGCCUCUCAUGCAUGCGAAAGAAUUUCAGUGUCUGACGUGGUUUUCUGACAAAUUCAGAUCUCAUAUUUUGUGGGCAUUUGGUGUGCAAACUGCACUAAAAAACAUUUGCAUCUACUGUAAAAAUAUUUAUAAAUCUAAUCAGUUUUGGCUUUCGCAGACGAUAAUUGAACAUAGCAUAAUGAUGUUGAAGGUACAGCACUAGACACCUGUAAGCAUGAUUUUCUUACUCUGUCCAAUUAUAAACAUUUUUUUGGAAAAGUUGCAUUUAGUGGUAUUGCGCUUUAGCAUCUCCACUCCUACCUCCACUGAUCUGAUAUUACAUGGCCAAUCAUUUAACAAAAGUACCUCUACAAAUACUUAAAUGUGCAUAAUAAAUGCUUCACUGUGAGCAGGGAUGUGGAAUUGAGUUAAAAAUUGGCCAGUAAAGUAAAAUGUUAAAUUUAAAUAAAAAACACUUGUGUGCAUUUAGUCAUGCUGAACACAUACCGUAGGCUGGUUUGCCUGCUUAUGUUUUUUGAGAAUUCUGUCUUUAGUAUGAGCUGUGAGAAUUGUCUGGGGAUAAGGAUGUUUUUCGGAUAUUUAAACCUUUUCUUCACUGUAUGUGUAUGUUUGCAUUUCCUGGCUGCUUGUAGCGACUUAUCUUUACACAUGGAGAAGCUGUUCAGUGUCUUGUCUACCAUGUUUGUAUUGUUAAUGCUUUAAAACCCACUCUGGAUUCUUGUUUUACACGGCAGCAUGGGUAUCAUGAGUCCUGUCGUUUUGAACUGAACUGAAGACUGUCCUACUUGCCCAGCAGGUUGGUUGUUGUCCUGCUCACCCUUGUUCCUGCUUCUGUUUCACUGUGCUUAUCUGCCCCUGAUUUAGCCAUGUAGUGUGCGCAUGUCUGUGUGUGUUUAGCCAUGUUGCUAUUAUUUUAUGUGAACUGCGAAUUGAACAAUAGCAUUACUCAUAUUUUAACUGCAAGUCAAUUGAUCAAUGCAAAAAUGUUCAGCUGUAAAUCUUGUUUGCUAGAAUAGUUACUGAUGUAAAUAUGCAUUUUACUGUGUUAUGAAUGUUUCCUUCAGAAUGACUGCAUAUCUAUCUACAUCCAUUUCUUCCUCCCUCUCUCUUUCUCUCCCCCCUCUGCAGCCUCAAUAUACCAUGGACAAGACUGUCAUCUUUCCACUCUCUUUUGUAACUGCAUCUCAUGUUUGGCACUGUGUAUCAAUCAUUAAUUUAAAUGUGUGCCUUGCUGGAUAGUGUAUAUAUAUAUUUUUGGCAGUUCCCAGAUCAAUUGCAAAGCAAUUCAUUUAUGUACAUUUGGCUCACUGUAUAUUUUUGUGUAUUUAUUCUUGUGUUUUAAUGUGAGGUAUUAUUAUUUUCUGAUCGGGUUACUGACUUUUUUUAUUCUUAACCUGAUAAUGUAUGAAAGUCAAAGCAAUACUAUAGUAAAGUGUAUGUAAUUGACAGUCUGUAUUUAGAAUUAUCGGAUAAACUGAUUUAAAACAUGUUUUCAUAAAA